CACCUCAUUUUUUCAGAGCAAACUGAACACCCGCCAAACUUGGCUGCUGUAUGCACUCUUGGGAUUCUCCACGUCGAGAUCAUUUCUCACUCACGUCGCUGCUCGCAAUUGCUUAACAUUGGGUGAUUCUGCCGCAACAGCGUCGCUUCUGGCCAUCCCGCAGCUUGACAGUCACAGCUUGACAGUCAUGGCUCCUAAGAAGAGCAGGACACAGCGUGAAUUCGAGCCUCCGGCUGACCAACCUACCCGCCAAACCCGUGGAACAAAAAGGCGGCAAAGUGAUGCCUCGAAUGCAUCGAUACAAAGUCACACCGUACAACAGGAACUCCUAGCUUCUGCACCAGCAAAGCGUCGCAAGCAGAAACAGAGUGCAGUGGAACCUGUGGUUGAGGUUGACGAAGGCAACAAUGCGAAUUCGUACCCCGUCAUCACCUCAGAUGGAGAUGUACAUGCCAUCUCACAGAAGAUGGACCACGCUCAGUCAACGCAGAGCAGUUCAAAAGGAGUACAUUUUGACGAGGUCGAAUCCGAAACAGAAUUCACGAGAACCACCGCUUCACACAUCACCCCUCAUCCACGCAAAACAUUCUCACUAAAACGCCGAGUCACAACUUCGAUCGGCCCUGUCAAGAGCUUCGCCAAGCAUGUUGAGGUCAAGACCAGCCGCCAGUCACUACCCCCUUCACUUUCCCAGGAAGAUGGUGCUUUCGAUGUGGAAGAGAUGACUCUCCAAUAUGCACCGUACGAGGAGGUUUUACAGCCCAGGAUGGAGCGUCUUGCACGACUUGAGAGCCUGGCAGACGAGUACCGCUUGAAUCAAGAUACAGGAGAUCAUGCUGGCGCCGCUUUGAUCCGCGAACAAAUUUCGAGACUGAUGCCUGAGCACCACGAAGCAAUUGACGUCGAUGAGUACCUUGAGGCGACCGCCAGGGGUGACGGCCUCGCGGUUUUGGCAAGCCAAGAAAUUACAUACCCACGUCUUCAGAUUGAACAACGCCAAGAGGAGCGUGCCCUCAUGACCUCGUCUUUCUCUCGGAGCACAUCCAAUCGAGUUGAAUCAUUUCCCGAGUCAGAGCGUCGGAAGCUUCAGGAUGCUAUUCUCUCGUUGUCUACUGAGGCCGAAAAGGCGCGAGAAGAGAAGAAAUUGUUGGAGCAGGAGCUGAUCGGACUCGGACUUGCCGCUGAUGAUCUCGAGGAUCCACAGUUGGCAUUGAUGAGUAUUCGACAGACUUUUGCAGAGAUUCGAGAAAGUCUCGAGGAGACUCUACCUGGAGAAGUUCAGGAAAGCUAUUCAAAUGCGGAUCUGGUACGAAUUCUUAUGGCCAACGUUACGGAAUUCGCCAAUCGCCUUCGCCAGCAGGACAAAGUGAUUCAAGAUCGUACCUCUAUCAUCGAAGAUCUUGGACGGCAGAUUAAUGGUUUGCUGGACCUUCUCGCCUCGGCCAAAACCCGCGAGGAGAAGUUGGAGUUUGAGCUUCACACCCUGGAAGAACGUGUCCACAACCUCAACAAGAGAUUCGUCGACGUGGACCAAGCCAAUGAAAACAAAGAGCGGGAGAACGAGGAUAUGCAGGAGCAGCUCCAACUUCUGGAAGAGGAGCGGGACGACCUAGACUCGAAGCUUCAACUCAAAAUCAAGGAAAGCAAAAGUUUCUACGAUGAGAAUCUCGAGUAUGCAAAGAAUAUCGUACGCCUGAACGACUCUUUGAAAGACUACCAAGCAGAGAAAAGCCGCCUCGAGUUGUUCAUCAUUUCUGCAGAGGAGGAGUCAAAUGGCCGACAAGCGAAAAUCGAGGAACUAUCUGCACGCAUCAACGACAUCAACCGUGAUCUUGAAACCGAAAAGGCCGAGCUGCUGCGCGUCACUGCUCUGUACGAGGCAGAGCGCAAUGCCCUUGAAGCCACCGAAGAGAACUUACAAGAGAAAGCCGAGGAAGUCAGCGACCUUGAAGGUCGUGUACAAAAGCUUGAAGAGCAACUCGACCAGCAUGCUGCUGACCUUGCGGAGCUCCGCCGUGUGAAUGUUGCAGAACGUCAGCAGCGUGAAGAUGCGGAAGCUGAGCUCGACACUCGUAGUGAGGAGAUUCAAUCCCUCAACGACAAGCUCGAAGCCAAAGGCAUCGAGGCCAAUCAACUCCGACAGAAGCUUUUCGAAAUCCAACAGGCCUCUAAAACCCAGGUCGAGACGCUUGAAAAGGAAAUCGAGGAACGUGAAGGGAAAUGGCGCGAUGAUUAUGCAGCCGAGGUCGCUCGCGGUGAUGAGUUGAUCGAGCAAAGCAAGAUUCACUCGCAGACAAUUACAGAUCUGGAAGAGCGCAUAAUAGCCGUUGAGGCCGAAACGGCCGCACUCCUGAUCGAACGGAACAACGCGAUCGAUGUGCUCCAGCGAGACCUCGUUGCGCAACGUGAGAUCGAGGCUCGCCUUCGCUUGGAACUCGACGAAGUUCUGCUCUCUAAGAAUGGAUUGGGCCGGGAGCGCGAUCAGCUGAAGGAACAGCUGGGGGAGAACAUGCAAGCUUUGCAAAAGACUAUCGUCGCACACAACAACGCUAUUGCUGUGCUCGAGAGGGAAGCCGCCAACACUGCCAAUUUGCACAACUCUGAGACGGAGGACUUCCGCGCUCGCAUUGCUGAUCUCAACAGUGACGUGAAUCAACACAAGAGUGAAAUCGAUCGACUUCAAAUCGUGGUGACCGGGCUUGAACGCCGGAUUGAGAACGAGGCGAGCGAGACGCUCUUGAUCCAGUCCAAGAAGGACCAAGCCAUCGAGGAGCUGAAAUUGGGCAUCCUCGGCCGGGAUGAACGUAUUUUGCUCAUCGUUGAGGAGGCCAAAGAAGCCGAUCGUCGUCACCGUGCGCUCCUCGAAGAGCGUGAAGAAGAUAUCGCUGCUCUACAAUCACGCGGACAGUCCAAUGAACAGACAAUCACGACACUUCAAAUGAACUUCUCCGCAAUCAAAGAGAAGUUUGCUGAUUAUGUCCGUCGCUCACAGGUCCGCUUUGCCAAUCUCCAGGAUGCCACGACAGCCGCAAAGAAGGUAGCCGAUGACGAAGGCGCGGAGCAUGAGAAUGACAGCGCCCAGAUCAUGGGAGAGAUCGAAUCAAUGGCCGAUAUGGGAGAGAUCAGCAUCACGACCAAAACGACCACAAGCGAAUCGCAUUCUGAAGCUUUCAGGCCAGCGGGAAGAAAGAUGCGAGUGAAGAAGAAGCGUGUGCAGGACAGUGGUUUCUACGAAGCGGACGGCGAUGAAGCUGUUGCAUCGUGAAAUACCUGAGAGGGACGAGGCUGGGAGCAAAGCAUGUGACUGGAAAAUUUCAUUUUGUUCAUGAUGGUUAGCAAGAACACCUGGGCAGGCGUCUCAUGGAUGUUUGAGU